ACGCGUUGAAUAUUUAAAACGAUAUAUAACUUUAAAAUACUUUUGCAAAACUUUGAUAAUUUUUAAAACAAUUUCUAUUUAAUGACUAUGUGUGCUGUGAAGUAUUAAAGAGAAACAUUAUAAAUCUGAUUAAAUUUAAUUGUGACUUUUCAAUCUGCAUUAAAUAUGAUUAGAGACCUUUCAAAAAUGUCCUUUUAGUUUGAUGAGCAAUUUAUAUAAUAUUGUUAAGAUAUUUUAAAGAUUUUUUCUAUGAUUCUCAAACAUAAAAUUUUGGGGAAUUGUUUACUUGAAACUAAAAUUUUCAAUUUAAUAUCCCAAAAAUGAGCGAAGAAAGGCAUACUAAUAUGAAUUCCGAUGAUGAAGAUGAUUUAGAAUCUCUACGUUUAGCUGCCUUAAAGUCCAUUAAUUUAAAGAAAGAUUGUUCACCAAGCAAAACACAAGUAAAAUUUCACGAGAUAUCAAACAAGAAAGUUCAUAUACAAAUGGAUACAGGCAUUUGUGUUGGUCAAGAUGUUUAUACAAAAAUACCACAAAUGAGUCAGCAACAAAAUCCGUUGUCAAUGCAACCUUUUAGAGUUAAUCCUGACUUGGAUGGUGUACAUCAAACACAAUAUUGUCCACAAAGUCAGCGUUAUCCAGCAAACCACAUUAGUCACCUUAACGUUUAUAUUCCUCAAGUGUCACAAUAUAUAUCUGCACCACAUUCAAGGCCAAUUAUUCACGCAAAUGCUCCAAUGGCAAAUAAUGUGCCAAGACCUCCCGGACCAGUACGGCUUUGGUUACCACCCCAAGAACAAACGCAUAAUGGAAAUGCUUAUAGCUCAAAUAAAGAAAUGGCAACAUAUACUCCAAAACCAAUUAUAAAGGAUACUCUUACAACCGAUGUUCAAUUAUCUCCGAGAAGUUUAGCAUUUGUUGCCCAAAAUAAUGGUAUACUUGCAAGAAGAAAAAUCGAAGCAGAUCUUUCACCAAAAAAACAUUAUCGAAGAUCAAAAAGCCCUAGCUACAGAAGAAUUUCUCGUUCACCGUCUUCUUUAUAUCGUCAAAGCCCCCCUAGAUGGUCAUCUAUUACUCCACCACCCCAUUCAACCCGACAGAGAUUUAGUAAAUCAAAAAGUAAAUCACCAUCCAGACGUUCCAGAAGUAAACCGUUUCAGUAUAAUUACAAGAGGUCGCGGUCAAGGUCUUCUUCAGGAUCAGGUCACACCCGUCAUGUAAAUGAACGUAAACGUAGAUCAUUCAGCAGGAAUUCUGAUUAUAGACCAUUGUCACCAGGCCAUCAUAAUAGGCAUUCGAGAUCACCUACCAAAGUUGGAAAUGUAUCCAAACGAAAUAAAUCCCGAACUCCUUUACAGAGGCGGUAUUCACCAAUUUCUAAUUUAUCUCACAGACGUUUAAGCAGGUCAAGAUCCCCUAGAAGAAAUCAUUUUGAGAUGAGACGUUCUCGAUCCCCGCAAGCUGGAAGGAGAAGAGUUUCUCCCGGGAUAAAUCUAAAUAAACGCAGUCAAAGAAGAAUGAUUGAGAGAAAAAGUCCAGGGAGAAGUAAAAGAAAAUCACCUGUGGGAAAAGACAACAAUCGACGAGAUUCUCCAUUGCAAAGUAAUAAUUACAACAGAAGAAAACCACGAAAGAGUUUAUCCCCUCAACUAAAAAAGCGGUCCCGAACACCGAAAUCGCCAAUUAAUUUGUUAAACAAAAAAUUUGUUAGGAAAUCAAGAGACCGACAAGUAAAUACAACAAUUUUAAAUAGUCAGACGCAUUAUGCUAGUACAAAUAUACGUAAGAGGUCACCAAUUGUAAAUAUUUUAAAGAAUAAAACUAAUGACGGUUACAAUAGUACCAAUAAUAAUAAUAAUAGUAAUAAUAAUAAUAAUAAAAGUAAUAGCAGUAGUAUUAGUCAUAGCAUCCAUAAUAGUAACGGUAAUUUUAAUCUAAGAAAUAAAGUAGAACAGGACUUUCAGAAGUCAAAAAGCCCUUCUGAUCGAAAAAGAAGAUCCAGAUCAAAAACAGAGGAUAAAAUUGGUCGAAGAGACGAAUUUAAAAAAGAAAAUGAGACUGCAUAUAAUCGAGACUACGAGAAAAAGUCAAAUCAAAAAUCCACUGAGGAACAAUUUAACAAAAUGAAUACUAGUGCCGUUAAAUUCAAAGAUGCAGUGGAAAAACAAUUACCGCAGUCUAGUAAAGAAAUUAUGCUGAAUAAAACCGAAAAGUCUAAAACUCCGCCACCUUCUGAAGAUAAUUUUGAAUCAUUAACACCACCCAUUGAAAAAGACAUGGACGAUGCAAAGCUAAUAGAAGAAAUUGACGCUAUGCUGGGUGACAAUAAAUCGAAUAAAUCUAAUAACUCCAGUGACGAAGAAGAUGAUGGUAUCGAUUUAUUUGCUUCAGAAGAAAGUGAAUCAGAGAAUGAAGGUCGUUUCAAAUCUAGUAAUAAAACUGAAAGAAAUUAUAAUGUCCAAGCAGUAUCUUUUACAAAAUUGAAAGAAUCAUCCGUAACUCCUAGCAUUAGAAAUCUGCAGGAUGUAGUUAGUGAUGAAAAAUAUGAAGAAAACCAGAAUAGAAGAGAUUAUUUUAAAAAGUAUAGCAGAAAUAUCAAAGUUGAAAGUAGAAGACGUGGUGGUGAUUAUUUUAGUUCAAAAAGACAUAGUCGAAGUUCAAGCAUUGAUAAAAAUAAAUUCCUUGAUAAUAAUGAAAAUACUAGCAAAACUAAAUUUAAAUCAUCUUUUCAAAUAAAAAAUGAAGGUUCAAGAAUUCUGUCUAAGCCAUCUCCAAAAAGUAAUAUUCGAUCUACUCCAGAAAGGAAUGUUAAAAAACGCUCAAAAGACAAUAACAGUUCAGAGCUAAAAGACAGAAAACCAACCCUUCAAAAUACGAAUACUCCACCACAUUUAUUAGAGCAAUUGAGAAAUAAUAACAGUCAAUCUUAUGGUAAAAGUGGACAAUCACAUGGACAACAAAAAAAGGAAAAGGUUAUUAGAACAUCAAAAUUAAAGUCAUCUACUAGUAGAAAAUCAAUUCAUUCAAGGCUUGGAGCAAUGACAAAUACAUUUAAAUCAUCAACCAAAUCAUCUUGGGAUAUGACCUCUUCGUACUACGAUCAGGUAUCAAUAAAUUUUGAUUUAUGUUUAUCAAUCUUUUUUUAUUUCAGUUUUUAAUUUAUAUACAAAUACUAUAUACAGAUAAUUUCAAUAUAUUUUAAAAACUUGAGAGAACAAUAAAAAUUUUUCCAUAAUAAAUAGACAAAAAAGGGAAAAAAGUCCUAAAAUAAUAAUAUUUUUUAAAUGUAAUUCAAUUGAUAAUAUUUUUUUUAUUCUAAAUUAUUUAUUUUUAAUGAUAUUGUGUAAAAAAAUUGAAAGAUAUUGAAACAUAAUUAACAAAUUUUUGAUUUUUACAAAAACCGUGUACGAGAAUUAAAUUUUAAGAAAAUUUUAAUAUCUUCAGUAACGAGCAAAUUUAACUUAAGUUCUGUUGUCAAUUAAUUACAAGUAGAAAAAUAAAAUUACAAGAUGUAAUCGAUAAUGUAAAAUGUAAAGUAAAGCGUUGAAUUCUUUUGCAUUUUUGAAAUCAUUGAAACUUGUCAUUGAAAUGUCAACAGGAUGUUUACGUUUGUAAUGUAAACAAUAAUUCAAAAAAGAAAUGUCGAGUAAUUAAUAGUGUCAAUAAUGUGGUAUUGUUAAAUUUUAUUGACAUUUUUGUAACAAAAAAAAUUUCAACUGCUGUUUUUGUUUUUUGAGCAAAAAAAGGGAUGUUCGAAUCAGAAUUAAAUUUUUAUUAAAGCAAUUGCGAAUCGGUUAUAUGAAAAAUUCUGAAUGAAAGUUAUAUUAUAUACAGUCAAUCAGUAUAUGAUAUUAUCGAUUACAUCUAUAUAUAUAUACAUAUGUAUAUGCGCAUUAUAACAUUAUAUCACCUCAUUUUUUGCUCGAGAUAAAAAUGUCAAUUUCUUUUCGAUAUAGAAUUAAAUGGUAUAAGUUUUUAUAAAGAUAAUACAAAUUCGGUUCUGUGUUCUAUCAUAAGAGAAAAGCAAAAAAAAUUAAACUAUUCAAUAAUACCUUUACUACUUAGUUAUUUGUUUAAAACAAUAUUUACAUAUAACGUAAAGUAGUAUUUAAAUUUCAAACGUUGAAUUUCGAAAUUCCUGUAUUAAAGAAAAUUUGGGAAGAAAUGUUAACAUAUAAACUUAACAAAUUAUUUAAUGUAUUAGAAUUUAUAAUUUAUAAAAUUACGUAAUUUUGUAAAACAUAACAACUAAACAAUUUUUUUUUUUACUUUGUACAUAUUGUUGUUAUUUCUCUUGUAGAAGAAUUUUUAAUUCGAAAUAAUAUAUAUAUAUAUAUAUAUUUUAA